AUGCAAAGAAUUCAAUAUUUUACUUUGUUUUUUUUAAUUUUCCACAAAAUAACAAUAUUAUGUGAAACAAGUUAUUUAAUGAUAAAUAACAGAAAUAUUAACUUUAUAUUUGAUUUUAAGAAUAUUUCUAAAAAUAGAACAAGGAAAAAUAACAGCAAAAUUUAUAGUAACAUAAUAAAUUAUAAUAUUUAUCUACCUAACCAUAUGAGUUUUUCUGAUAUAAAUCUAAAUAACUAUUCAAUGAAAAUAAAUAAUUUUCCUUUAAAUAAUUUUAAUAUUAUAUCUAUUGAUUAUGGUUAUACUUUUAUGGGUUUAUGUAUUCUAUGCAAAAAUAAAUUUAUAUAUGAAAAAAUAAUAUCAAGACAUAAAAAGUUCAUAUACCACAAAAAUUUUGAUUUACCUAUAAAAGAUAAUAUUGUUUUAUAUUAUGCUGUUAAUUUUAAAAAUUAUAUUUUUAAUUUUUUUAAUUUUUUUCAAUUUCUCUUUGAAUUUAUAUUUAAUUAUAAUAUUCUUGUAAUCAUUGGAUAUAGCGGAGAAUAUAUGAAUAAGUUAGCUAGUGAUAUGGGAAGACAUAUUUGCUAUUUUAUAAAUAAAAUAGAAAAAAACAAAAAAGCAAACCAAGUUUUUUUUGAUGUAAAUGAUGAAUUAAUUACAUUAAAAAAUGAUGAUAUUUAUAAAAAUAAACAAAGUUAUAUUGAAAAUUAUAAUUUUUGUUCUAAUGCAGAAAUUAAAACAGGAAAAGAGAAUUUUUUAAAUUUUCUAUUAAAAAAUAUGGUUACAAAAAUAAAAGACAAAAAUAACACUUUAUUUUCAAAAUUUUAUAACAAAAAUUGUAAUAGCAGAAAAGAUAGUUUAUCUGCUUGUUAUUUAUUAUAUUAUUACUUGAAAUACCAUAACAAUAAUAAUAAUUCAUUUAUGUUGCCAUCAAAAAAUGUUAAUUAUAUAUAUCAUAUAAAAAAAUAA